AUGGCAUUUAUUCUGAGAAGGGCACGCGAGGAAUCAAAAAGGGCUUUGACAAGAGCAGAUGGCUGGGCUUUGCGCCUAAGCCCAUACGAUUAUGAUAUAGAGUACAUUCGAGGUCGUGAAAAUAUUGCAGACCCCUCAUCACGGCUUUAUGACGGCGAUGAUGAAGCAUUCAAUGAAGAAGAGAGUCCAUGGGAAAUAUGCGAUUUGGAAUCUCAGUCCGUUGAGUUUCUCACUGAGGAAGAAAUACGAGAGUCGACUAAGAAAGAUGAUACUCUGCAACUGGUAAUUGGAUCAUUGGACACAGGAAAUUGGCCAAAAAGCCUGCUGAAGUUCAAAGGCAUCGCAAAUGAUCUUCGGUAUACAGAUGGAAUUUUGGUCAAAAACGGAUGCGCGGUCAUUCCUCAAAAUUUAAGAGAGAAGGCGCUUGAAAUAGCACACUUUGGGCAUCCGUUGGAGGCAAAAUUUAAAAGUAUUUUGAGAAGGCGUGUUUGGUGGCCAGCAAUAGCAAGCGAUGCAGAAAAAUGGGUUAAAUCGUGUGCUACUUGCGCCGUAAAUGGUAAACCGGAGAGGCCAACCCCUAUGCAGAGAUCAUUCGCACCUAAAGCGGUGUGGGAUACGAUCGCUUUGGAUUUUAAUGGGCCCUAUCUGAAGUUCGGAAAUAUAUCAAUUUUAGUUGUGAUUGAUCUAAGGUCCAGAUAUGCAAUAGCGCGUCCUGUUAAAUCAACCAGGUUCGAAUACACUAAAUGUGUUCUGGAUUCGAUUUUUGAAAGAGAAGGUUUCCCAAGAACAAUCAAAUCGGAUAAUGGACCCCCAUUCAAUGGGGAGGAAUACGCAAGCUAUUGCUCUGAACGUGGCAUUCAAACUGUGUUUUCGAUUCCUUUUUUUCCGCAACAAAACGGUUUGGUUGAAGGGUUCAUGAAAAUCGUGAAUAAAGCCAUGUGUGCUGCAGGGUCUACUGGUUCAAAUUAUCAGAAGGAACUACAAGCCGCGAUUCAAGCGUACAAUGCCGGAGAUCAUACAAUCACAAAACUGCCACCCGAGGAGGUGUUGAUGGGUCGUAAAAUCAGGCGAGGAUUGCCACUUCUCCCACACAGUAGAUUAAAUUAUGACGAAAGCGAAUUAGAUACACGAGAUCGUAAAGCGAAGCUACUGUCAAAAAGGAGAGAAGAUAUUCGACGUGGUGCUAUGGUUUGUAGAGUUAAACCAGGUGACACGGUAAUCGUAGAACGCCAAUCGAGAACCAAAGGGGAAAGCAGAUUCGGCAUGAAGCGAUACGUUGUAUCCCAGGAAUGCAAUGGUAGUUUAGUGCUCUGUGAUCCCGAUGGUCAACAACUUCGCCGCCACGUGUCGCAGACAAAAAAGGUCCAAGAAUGGCGAGAGCGGAAACCAGCAAACAAGCAAGAUCCGAUAGCAAAAUCAAAUCUAGAUGCUACUCCCAACGACGAUCGUCCUCAGCGCCCAACGAGGGAGAAAAGAAAUCCAUCCUAUCUAUCCGAAUACGUUCGUCAAGUGGAGUAG